CUAAAUAAGUUGCAAUUGAAAUGAGCUUGCUCUCACGAGACUGAAGAAACAGGAACGCACAUGUGUUCAAAGCUACAAGCUUUGUCCUCGAGGAUCAAGCAAGCUUCCUCCAAUGGAAAAUGGCGGGAAGUGCUCUCUAGUUAUUCAGAGAUAGAGACGACAUCUGGAACUCAACUUAACGACCCUUUCCUCUUCCCCAUCGUUUUCAAAGCUUGUGGUAAGCUCUCAUGGCUGUCACGAGGCAGAUGCAUCCACGCGAGUCUGUACAAGAGAGGGUUUGAGUCUUUUGUCUCCGUCGGGAACUCCAUCGCUGACUUCUACAUGAAAUGCGGAGACUUGUGUUCCGCCACGCGAGCGUUUGACUGUAUGACCUCGAGAGACUCUGUUUCUUGGAACGUCGUCGUUUUCGGGUUUCUCGAUCAUGGUUUCGAUGAAGAAGGGCUACGGUGGUUUUCGAAGUCGAGAGUUUGGGGCUUUGAGCCUAAUGUUUCGACAUUGGUUCUUGUGAUUCACGCGUAUCGUAGUUUGCGAUGGUACGCUGAUGGAGAGAAGAUUCACAGCUACGUGAUCCGUAGUGGAUUUUAUGGGGUUUCCUCUGUUCAAAAUUCGAUCUCGUCCUUGUAUGCAGAAUGUGAUUCAUCAAACGCACGCAAACUGUUCGACGAAAUGUCUGAAAGAGAUGUUAUUUCAUGGAGUGUUGUGAUCAGAAGUUAUGUGCAAAGCCAAGAACCUGUUUGUGGGUUGAUGUUGUUCCAAGAGAUGGUUAAUGAGGGGAAAACAGAGCCUGAUAGUGUAACCGUGACAAGUGUUCUCAAGGCAUGUGCUGUUCUUGAGGAUGUUAAUAUGGGAAGAUCAGUUCAUGGGUUUUCUAUACGUAAAGGGUUUGAUUUGGGGGACUUGUUUGUGCGCAAUUCACUCAUCGAUAUGUAUUCCAAAGGGUUUGAUGUUGAUUCAGCGUUUAGAGUAUUUGAUGAGACGACUUGUAGAAACAGUGUGUCAUGGAAUUCGAUUUUGGCCGGGUUUGUACACAACCAAAGGUAUGAAGAGGCUCUUAAGAUGUUUGGUUUGAUGAGAAAAGAGGCGGUUGAAGCUGAUGAAGUUACUCUCGUGAGUCUUCUUCAGGUUUGCAAGUUCUUUGAGCAGCCAUUGCCCUGCAAGUCAGUACACUGCGUGAUGAUCCGGUUUGGAUAUGAGUCUAACGAAGUUGCCUUGAGCUCUUUGAUUGAUGCAUAUACAAGCUGCAGUCUUGUUGAUGAUGCAAGAGCCGUGUUUGAGUCGAUGGCGUACAAGGAUGUGGUGUCAUGUAGCACAAUGAUCUCUGGAGUAGCUCGUUCUGGAAGACCAGAUGAAGCCAUUUCAAUCUUCUGUCAGAUGAAGGAUAAGCCCAACGCCGUCACCGUGGUUAAUCUUCUUGACGCAUGCUCUGUUUCAGCAGACUUGAGAAAAUCCAAAUGGGCACAUGGAAUAGCUAUCCGGAGAGGCUUAGCCACAGCUGACAUCUCAGUUGAUACCUCCAUUGUUGACGCAUACGCAAAAUGUGGCGCCAUAGAAAUGGCGAGGAUGGCAUUCAAUCUAGUCCCUAGGAAAAACGUCGUCUCUUGGACAGUGAUCAUAUCAGCGUACGCUAUAAAUGGUUUACCGGAGAGAGCAUUAGCAUCGUUUGAGGAAAUGAAACGAGAAGGUUACGCACCAAACGCUGUGACUUAUCUGGCGGUUUUAUCAGCUUGUAAUCAUGGAGGACUGAUCAAGCAAGGUCUCAUGAUCUUCAAAUCAAUGUUUAAAUAUCACAACAAACCUUCGUUGCAGCAUUACUCUUGUCUUGUUGACUUGCUUAGCCGAGCUGGAGAGAUUGAAACAGCCAUGGAACUAAUCAAGAACCUUCCUGAAGACGUAAAACCCGGGGCUAGUGCUUGGGGAUCAAUUCUUAGCGGCUGCAGGAACCGUUUGAAAAGUGGGAUCAUUACCACAGAGGCAAUAGCUGAGGUUCUUGAGCUUGAACCCUUGUGUUCUUCAGGGUAUUUGCUAGCGUCCAGCGUGUUCGCUGCAGAGAAAUCGUGGGAAGAUGUAGCGUCAAUGAGGAGGUUGGUGAAGGAGAGAAAAGUUCGGGUCGUUGCAGGUUAUAGCACGGUUCUUGAAGGAACCAUGUCUAGGAGGUUCUUGGCGGGAGAGAAGCUAAACCAAAGUGACUGUGAGAUAAAUACCGUCGUUCAGAGUCUUCAUAGAUGCUUGACAUCAGAAAAUUCAAUGGAAUGGAUCUCAACGAAAGUUUUUUAGGAGAAGAAGGUUUUAAGUAUUUGGCUCUUGCUAGUUUGCUGAGUGUUUCAAGAUGCAUGUCAGUUCUUGAUCAGGGCUAAAGCAAGUUCAUGCACUUUCUCUUCAUCUUGGUUACUGUUCGUAGCUCUCUGAUUAAUAUGUACUCUUAAACACGGAAGUAUGAUAGAAGCUUCAGAGAUAUUUGACGAAACAUAUAUAUCUGAUAUUGUUUCUUUCACCAGCUAAGGUCGCUGGAUAUGCAGUACACGGGAAUACCAAAGAAGCGAUUCAUAUA